AUGCAGCCCCUCAAAGCAAUAUUCGUGCUUGUGGCUUCGGUUGCACUAGCCGAGGCCAAGGCUUUAACGCAAAAGGUGUUUUCCCCAUACGCUUUGACAAAUAAGACUUUGGUGCUUUAUGAUGAGCGAAUCCAGGAUGACUUCACUUCGCAGUAUUCGCAGCUUUUGCAGGCAAUCCGGAGCGCCGGAUCGGACGUGGACGUCAAGCGAAUCGAGCCGGACUCCGUGAUCGCGUUGUUCGAUGAUUACGAGCAGAGAUUGUACGAUAAUUUGUUGGUGAUGCCUUCAAAAUCAAGAUUGUUGGCAAGCAACCUGGACUUCAAAAGCCUCGAGGAAUUUUCUAGAAAGGGCGGCAACAUGCUCCUUCUCACGAGUGGCCAGGGCUCGCAGACCGACGUGUCAGUUUUCCUCAACCAGUUGGGAAUAUACCCAAGUCCAAAGGCCUACAGGUUGGUGGAUUAUCACAAUUCUAAUAAUUGGCAGUUAGGCGUGGACAAGAUCGAGAAUCCAGUGUUUCUAAACCCGCACAUCGUCCCGGAGGGUUCCCAGGUGAGCGAAUUGGCGUACCAAAAUGGCUCGGGAGCACUUUUGGCCGGAAACGAGUUCAUAAUCCCCGUUUUGAGGGCCAAAGAGACGUCUAUUACGUACGACGUGGAUAGAGGCUUUGUGGGCAGCCAAUCGACGUGGCACUCCGGGUCGGAUGGCUUCUUGAUGCUCGCACACCAGGCUAGAAACAACGCGAGGGUGUUCUGGGCGGGUUCCGACACAUUUCUUGCCGAUUCGCACUUCCAGAAAGAUUUGGCACACGGUAUCUGGAGGUGGGUUUCCCGGGUCAACGGAGUGCUCAAGUCGGACCGGUUUGAGCACACGAAGGUGGAUCGGGACGGCCUUCCAUUGGCUGUUCAGGAUGGCUACAAGGUGAAGGACUUCUGCAAGUUCGAGACUGCAUUUUCCAAGUGGAACGGAACUGCUUGGGUUCCUUACGAAACAACAGAUGCACAGCUCGAGUUCAUCAUGCUUGACCCGUAUUACAGGUUGAACUUGACGCUUGAUGGCACCUCGAACGACUCGGCAUUGUACUCAACCAUUUUCCAGAUCCCCGACCAUCAUGGAAUGUUUACUUUCAAGGUCGACUACAGCAGACCUGGCCUCACAUUCCUCAAGCAGUACUCAGUCGUGCCUGUUCGGCACUUGGCCAACGAUGAGUACCCGAGAUCGUGGCAAAUCACCAACUCCUGGGUUUACGUGGCAAGUUUUUUCAGUGUGGUUGUUGCCUGGCUGGUGUUUGUCUUCUUGUUCAUUGUUUCUGGCAAGAAGCCGUUGGCCAGUGCCGAGAAGAAGAAGGAGUAG